AGUUAGUUUUAUAUUUAUGAUUAUUUAGUAUGAAAAUUUAUUUUUUAUAGUACCAGUUAGUUUUAUAUUUAUGAUUAUUUAGUAUGAAAAUUUAUUUUUAUAGUACGUCUCAUGGUUUCAGUACUAUUCUUCCUGAAGGAGCUAAAGAGGAGGUACAGUGUAAUGCAGGCUUCUUUGAAGGGGCACUGUUUCUCCUGAUAGGUAAGCUACCCAAGAUUUUUUUCUUUGAGAUGAGUUAUAUCCUUCAAGUCGACAUUUUUUUUUUCUUUCUUUUUUUAAAAAUUUAAAUAUAUAACUUUUUUUCCUUUUGAAAUCAGCUAUUACAAAGUUUUAUUAUGUUUUAUUUUUUUUUUUUAUUCUAUUAUUGAUUUGUUUUUUCUUAGAAAGCUGAACUUGAUAAUAUCAAAUAUUUCGUGAUCUCAAUUAUGUUUAGUUUUUGAUAUCAUGCUAUUAGUCAUAGUAUCAUUGAAGUAACCUUAACCAUCAUUGUGUUCCCAUGAUUUUUUCGAGAUACCUCUUCAGUAAACUAGUGCGAUCGUUGUGAAUCCAUCAGUAUAUGCUGUGGAAGGAAAAAAAUUAAUAAAUAAAAAAGUUAUUGUGAACACUCUAGAUCAAGAUGUCAAUCCAUCAUUGUGAAGAUGCAUUUAUUUAUGAAUUUAACAUAAAACUCUAUUUUAUGAAAAUAAAUGUGAUAUUUAUCAA